AUGGGAAGCUCACUUUGGAACAUCUUGUUAAUGGACUUUCAUGCUGUGAAGAGUGUUUUUGUUUUCAGUGAAGGGAGCAAUCUCACCCCGGCUCAUCAUUACCCUGACUUCAGAUUUAAGACAUACGCACCUCUUGCCUUCCGCUAUUUCAGAGAACUUUUUGGUAUCAAGCCUGAUGAUUACUUGUAUUCAAUCUGCAGUGAGCCUUUGAUUGAAUUAUCCAACCCAGGUGCCAGUGGGUCCUUAUUUUUUGUAACUAGUGAUGACGAGUUCAUCAUCAAAACAGUUCAACACAAAGAGGCUGAGUUUCUUCAGAAGCUUUUGCCAGGUUACUAUAUGAAUCUGAACCAGAAUCCAAGGACUCUUCUACCCAAAUUUUAUGGACUGUACUGCGUUCAGUCAGGAGGCAUUAAUAUUAGAAUUGUUGUAAUGAACAAUGUUUUGCCACGAGCCUUGAAAAUGCAUUUCACAUAUGACUUGAAAGGCUCCACGUACAAACGGAGGGCAUCAAGAAAAGAGAGGGAGAAGUCCAACCCUACAUUCAAAGACUUGGAUUUCUUGCAAGACAUGCAUGAAGGGUUGUAUUUUGACUCUGAAACACACAGCGCACUAAUGAAAACACUACAGCGGGAUUGUCGAGUUCUAGAAAGUUUUAAGAUCAUGGAUUACAGUCUGCUACUGGGAAUCCACAUACUGAACAGUAACAUGAAGGAAAAAGAGGGAGAGAGUUGUCAGAGUGCACUGGACUCCAAACGUCCUGGAGGGCAGAAAGUUCUCUAUUCCACAGCCAUGGAGUCUAUACAGGGCCCUGGGAAGUUGGGGGACUCCGUCACCACAGAGACAACAAACACAAUGGGAGGUAUUCCAGCUAAAAGCCACAAAGGAGGAAAGCUGCUUCUAUUUAUGGGUAUUAUUGAUAUUCUCCAGUCUUAUAGGUUAAUGAAAAAGCUGGAACAUUCUUGGAAAGCUCUUGUUUAUGAUGGGGACACUGUUUCAGUUCACCGACCAAGUUUUUAUGCAGACAGAUUUUUAAAGUUUAUGAGUACACGAGUUUUCAAGAAAGUUCAAGCUUUAAAGUCUUCACCUUCAAAGAAACGGUGCAAUUCCAUCACAGCCCUAAAGGCAACAUCACAAGAAAUAGUGUGUGCAGUUAGCCAGGAGUGGAAGAAUGAAAAGCAUGGCCUUCUUGCUGAAGGACAAAGCUACGCCAGCCUUGAUGAAGAAGCAUUAAGUUCACGCCACCGGCCAGAUCUAGUGCCGAGCACUCCAUCUCUGUUUGAAGCAGCUUCCUUGGCAACGACAAUUUCUUCUUCUUCCUUGAAUGUAGAUGAGCAUUAUCAACAUGAUCAACCUAUGCUCUAUUCUAGCAGUAAAGGGUUGCCUUCGAGUUCAUUAUUCACUUUAGAAGACAGUGCCAUCUAUUUGACUUCAGAACAGAGCACACUGGAAAUGGAAAAUGAUAAUGCUUCAGUUUUGGAUGUCUACUUGUAACAAAGAAUACCUGACGAGUAAACUAAGGGAAGUGACCAUGGUUAAGGAGGAGCACUUUCUGCACUCCUGAUUUAAGAAGGAGGAAUUUGCUGAGCCUAACAGACAAAGAGUAAUAAUCAACUGAACUUAUGCUAAGAAGCACCAGUAUCUUUGAACCAUAGAAAGGAUUGAUGGACUUCACAAAAAUGACGUGAAACAUUCCACACUCCGCUAUCAUCUGCUGUUGCUUGCUGAACUGUGAAGAACUGUGUAUUCAGGCUGCUUUCUACUAUAUUGCCAAUCACCUUUUUUGGACUUGAAAUUGAUAUUUUAUUAUCAGCUCUCUGGUGGUUUAAUUUGCAUGCAUUUUGUACCUAUGCACAAGCAAAAUCUGUUACCUGCUUUACCUAUUUAAAAAUAAGCACAGUGGUGAAUAAAAUUAAUUUCAUUUGUUUUGACCCUUCAGUUCUAAUUACUUAGUUCCAUAUCAGUGGAAAUUAGAAUUGAUGUCAUACAAGGGUUAGGGUAAACCUCUGCACAUCCUAUAUGAAAAUGAGCCUCUAAAGAUAUUUUCAGUGAUGGUGAAAAGGAGAAAAAAAAGUUAUUUAUAACAAGGCCUUAUGUUGUGUACAUAUAUUGUCUUUGAAACAUUUUUGAUUUUAGUUUAUAUCUUGUAAAAGAGAAAUUAUAUAAUUUAUUUAGUAAAUUCUACUGUAAACUAUAGUUUUAUUAAUGAAUAAAAUAUUUUGUUCUCAAGACUA